AGACAGAAGCUGCGCGGGACCUGAGGCGCCAUCGGCCGGCAUCCGCCUGAGGGAGGCGUCUGCGCUGUCAGUCCCUGUCGCCUCCGCCUCAGCCGGGCCCGAUGUUGCCUCUGUCCAUCCAGGACGAUGAAUACAAGCCCCCCAAGUUCAAUCUGUGGGGGAAGAUCUCGGGCUGGUUUAGGUCCAUCCUGUCAGACAAGACCUCCAGGAACCUGUUCUUCUUCCUGUGCCUCAACCUCUCUUUCGCUUUUGUGGAACUCCUCUACGGCAUCUGGAGCAACUGCUUAGGUUUGAUUUCCGACUCUUUUCACAUGUUUUUCGAUAGCACUGCCAUUUUGGCUGGAUUGGCAGCAUCUGUUAUUUCAAAAUGGAGAGAAAAUGAUGCUUUCUCUUAUGGGUAUGCUAGAGCAGAAGUUUUGGCCGGCUUUAUCAAUGGCCUGUUUCUGAUCUUCACUGCUUUUUUUAUUUUCUCAGAAGGAGUUGAGAGAGCCUUAGCUCCUCCAGAUGUACACCAUGAAAGAUUACUUCUUGUAUCAAUUCUUGGGUUUGUGGUAAACCUCAUAGGAAUAUUUGUUUUCCAGCAUGGAGGUCAUGGACAUUCUCAUAGCUCUGUACAUGGACACAGUCAUUCCCUCUUUAAUGGUGCUCUGGAUCAGACACAUAGUCAUGGAGAUCAUUGUCAUAGUCAUGACUUGAAACAUGGUAUUGCUCAUAGCCAUGAUCAUGCUCAUGGACAUGGACACUUUCAUUCUCAUGAUGGUCCCUCUUUUAAAGAAACAGCAGGACCCAGCAGACAGAUUUUACAAGGUGUAUUUUUACAUAUUCUAGCAGACACACUUGGCAGUAUUGGUGUAAUUGCCUCUGCAAUCAUGAUGCAAAAUUUUGGUCUGAUGAUAGCAGAUCCUAUUUGUUCCAUCUUGAUAGCCAUGCUCAUAGUUAUAAGUGUUAUUCCUCUUUUAAAAGAGUCAGUUGAAAUCUUAAUGCAGAGAACUCCUUCCCUGUUGGAACAUAAUCUGCCUCAGUGCUAUCAGAGGGUUCAACAGUUGCAAGGAGUUUAUAGUUUACAAGAACAGCACUUUUGGACCUUAUGUUCUGACGUUUAUGUUGGGACUUUGAAAUUAAUAGUAGCACCCGAUGCUGAUUCCAGAUGGAUUUUGAGCCAAACACAUAAUAUUUUUACUCAGGCUGGAGUGAGACAGCUUUACGUACAGAUUGACUUUGCAGCCGUUUAACAAAUGAAAAGGAAUUACGCUUUGUUGUGGACCUAAUUUUAUUGGUACUGUACAAUCUAAAAUAUUGUACACAGUUUUUUAAAACAGAGAAAUCACUACAACUCCUCAGCACCAAGUACACCAGGUAGAGUGGGUCAGUGGUGCUCUCUCAGGAGUCCACAGCCAAAUCAGGAUUAAGAGGAUCUCUCCUAAGCUUUGGUCUCUUCCUUUGGACUCUUCCCUUCAACCACUUUGAUUUCUGAGGGCUUUGGCUCAGGAUUUUGUUUUUGUUUGAUUACGUGAUCCAUUUCAGAUUAUUGAUACUUCUCAUCCUAUUCAGUAAGAAAUUCAGAUUGUGUUCCUCAAAUCAUCUGGAAUGUCUUUCAUUGAACUUCUGGAAACCACUUCUUUUCAUCCCCACAAAACCAGUGUUAUAAAAGAAAUAAUAAAAGAAAAAGAAAUGUGUUUUAUAUGUAAUGUCACAGUUGUUGACGUUCUUCAGUAUAAUCAUAUGUUUGUAAAAUUGUUUGUACCUUGCAAACUUAUGAACCAAACCAUAUUGGGUUUUCCAAGUGCCUUUGCAUCAGAAAAUGUGCCAGCAUUGAAAUGUACCAUCAAUGGGGUCAUAGAUUUUUUUUUAAAAUGGAUCUUCUGUAAUGUGUACAACUAAGACUUGUUAGUUUUAUAUACGGACUGUCUUUUUGUGUACUCCCAUUCUAGGUUGAGAUAUGUAAAAAAAUUUUUCUCCAUUUUAUCAUAAAAAUAAACAAUGUUAUUUUGCUUUUUAAAUCAAAUUCAGUUAUCACUUAAAUGACUGUGGAGUUUUAUUAUAAAAUUUGCAUAUAUGUUUAUAGAUAUUUUCACUUAUAAAGUAUCUAAAAUUUAAAUCUCUUUAGAGUUCUGUCUGUCCAAACUGUUCCUUCCCCCUAUCCCCCCCAAGAUUUUUAUUUUGGGGCAAGGGAAGUGGUGGGAUU